AUGAAGCCAUCAACCUUCAUCUCCACCUUCUUCCUCUUCGCCUCCAUCCUCGCAGCUCCAGUAGCUCAAGCCCCAACCCCCACAGGAACCACCACCACCACCGCAGCAGCAGCAGCAUCUCCAACCGGCGACUCUGCUAUAAGCGACUACCUCAUCGUCAUGGACGACAAUGAAAAACGUCCAUGGAGCGAAAUCUUCGCCGAGAUGGGGGCUAAAUGGCCCACAAUCACGGCCUUCGAAGGGAAUCAAACUCAUCCGUUCGGUGAUAGCUUGAGAGCUUUUACUGUGGAGGUUACUCAGGCGCAGGCGGAUAAUAUUGCUACUAUGCCGAAUGUUGUUAGUGUUGAGAAGAAUAGUGCUGUUAGGAUGAUUGGGCCUUUGUAG